AUGGGAGGAGCACCUAGCUCCCAUCGAAAUACACAAGACAGUCAGCCAACCUCCCUCUUCGACGAGCCACCACCACCAGUUUCGUUCGGCGAUAUGCAAGAUAGCCGCAUCCCCUCUGGGGAGACACCUUCAUCGAUGAACGGUAGCACGGCUAGGAGCACCAAUGGAAACUCCUACCUUGCCAGCGACCACCCACUGGCCUUGUACUUUGGUCUCUUGCCAGACCGUUGUAAGCCGUGGCACUCCCAAGACUGGCUCGGAGAGUUGGUCGUCAAAUGCGACGAUGUGGCAUCGCUAAUGAGAAACGGGCUUUUCUGGACAACAAAAAAUGUACAGUGGGAGCAAGGGUAUGCUGACGAAGCGGUCGAGUUCAAUGUAUACCACAAGGAAGGGUUCUUCCGGACAUCACGUUGGUUCUUGAGAGAUAUGGACAAUGAACCCCCGCAAUGGACUGCAAGUCUCAUAGUCUGGGCCCGGCAUGGCGUUCUGGAUGCUUUCAAGCUGGAAGAUUUGUCGGUGAACAAUGCCAAUUAUUGCUGGGCUUGGAACAGUGAGGCUUCUCUGGUCUACGAGUAUUACGACAUGUUCCCCGAGCGCAAUGUCAACGUCAUAUACGGGGCCAUGCCGAUGAAGGGCUGGUGGCCGUGGCCGAGAGAGGAACAAGCGAGCGUUGAGGAAGUUGAUUGA